AUGAGAUUCCUCCAAAGCUUCGCAAAGGUCUGUUCUCAGAAUCUGAAGCGAGCUAAUUCGUUGGUAUAUUCUUCCUCCUCCGCCGCCACCGCCACCGCCACCACUUCAAGUGCCUUCUUCUCGCAGAUUCACUCUCACUCCGAACCGCCGUCCUUUGGCAUUGCGUUCGACAUCGACGGUGUACUUCUUCGGGGCGACACUCCCAUCGGUGGUUCUUCUCAUGCUCUUCAGAAAUUAUACGAUCAUUGCGACAUUGUGAUUGAAUUGAACGACUGA